AGUCAAUAGUAAUCAAUGGGUUUAUUGUGGAAAAGAUUAAUCAUUUUUCUAGUCUUUGUUAUCGCCGUUCUUCAGGUGAUUCAUAUGAUUUUAUUGAGUCGUUUGGAGUCAAAGCGGUCCGAAAGACAAAAGAGGACAAAAAACAACAUUUUCAAUGAAGAUGUAAUUGCUGUCAGCGAUUAUAAAGAUGAAGACAUUGAAUCUGAUCGCAAAGCUAUGCACGAAAUGGUCAAACAUACCACUGUAUUGGACUCGUCGGGAGAAUAUCAUAUAAUCAAUUUCUUUAGUCGCGCUCAAUCUCUUGGACCACGAAAUCAUGUCCGCCAAGACAUUAGUCUCGUAACGCAGACCAGUGUUUCACAGAUAUAUAAUUUGGAUCUAUUAUCUAAUCGCUGGCACGGAUUAGCUUCAGUCACUGUCUUUGCUCUAUUCCAAGACAUCCCUUUGGCCAUCGAAAUGAUAUUACUUUUGCGACGCUGUUAUCCAUCGAUUCGCCGCAACACUAGUUUUCAUUUGGUAUAUCCCUUAAGUAUACCGAAGCCGGCCAUCGGUGCCACCACUCUAUCGCCUCGACUGUCGAUUAGUAUUAUUACCAAAGAAGAGAAUUGCGAUCGAAUGCAAAGUUUGCUAAAAAUGAUUGAAUCAAAUGCCGUAAAUUAUGGACACUUAGGAAUCGCUUACCCGAAUAAUCUGUUGCGAAACGUUGCCCGAAGAAAUGCAUUGACUGAUUAUGUGUUUGUUGUGGACAUUGAUUUGGUGCCAAACGAUGGUCUCUACGAACAGUUCAUAGAAUUUGCUAAACAAAACAAAUUGUUUACUGAAGAUCGUAAAAAAGAAAAAGUUGUUUACGUAGUCCCAGCCUAUGAGGUCAAUACGUUGGCCAGCGUUGACAUCGACGAAAAACUUGAAACUAUCGAACAAUUAAUACCGAAAGACAAGUCCCAAUUGUUGCGUCAGAUUGAACUGAUGAAUGCCCGACCAUUUUAUAUAGAGUUGUGCUGGAAGUGCCAGAAAUAUACCGACUAUGAGAACUGGCAGAAACAUAAGUCCCAAAAAAUGGACAUUUUGUUUGAAGUAUUGUGGAGAGACCCGUGGGAACCGUUUUAUAUUAGCGUCAAUACUGUUCCCUAUUAUGACGAACGCUUCCGCCAGUACGGCUUCAAUCGGAUCAGUCAAGUCUGUGAGCUUCAUAUGUCUGGUUACAAAUUUUCAGUACUAAACAAAGCGUUUGUCAUCCAUAAGGGCUUCAAAACGGCCGACUCGUUUCACAAGGAAAAAGAUUUGGAGCUCGAGAGGAAUCGGAUCCUAUUUAGACAAUUCAAGACUCAACUCAAAGACAAAUAUCCCGAAUCAUCGCGUCGUUGUUAUUGA